GAAAUUGGUAUAAAUAGGGUACGAAUCGUUCCAAAUUCAUCACACUUCCCUUCUCGUUCUUAGCAUCAGCAGUCCUUUUCCUCGAAACAACAUGAAGUUCUCGGCAUCAGCAGCUUUGAUCUUGCUAGCUUGCGUGGUCUAUGUUUCCGCUUACGGGACCCAUCGUCCAACUCAUUACCCAACACGUCCAACUUACCGUCCAACUUACCGCCCCACUCACCGCCCUACCCAUCGCCCCACUCACCGCCCCACCCAUCGCCCCACCUAUCGCCCAAUGAAGAAUCUCGGCAACUCCAAUGUCAACAUCAACGACAACAAGAACAGCAAUGUUAACAUCGCUUCGCUUUUAUCCGAACUGUUCGGCCAGGAGGAGGAAUUCCCUUGCAUUAUCGGUGACCUCUGUUACGAGAAAAAGAAUUUGAUCAAGUCCGGCGCUGCUGCCGUCGACGCUAAAAAGGCCGAGGAACCAACUGAAAAGGCCGUGGAAAAAAGCGCUGCCCCAGCCGCUCCUGCCGCCGCUCCUGUUGUCAUUCCUGCCGCUCCUGCUGCUGCCGAUGUCAACUUUGAUCAGUUCGCCAACUUCGCAGAUUUCCAAGAACCUAUUUUUGCGGAUUCUGCUGAAUUUGAUGGAAGUGACGAUGACUUUUUUGCUUAACUUUCUUUUGGAUAUGGCGACUGCUGACCCAGCUAUUACAGACAUCUUUUAGGCGUUUGACAUCUAUGAAGACUUUAAACUUUAAUAUCUUUUAUGUUUUGGUAAUUUUGGCAAUUAACUGAUCCGUAAGCUUCCCUUAUUCCUUAUACACCCAACUGAUUUUUCAUGUCAAUCUUAAUAACAUUUUAUGGGAACGAUUUGUUAAUCAGUUAGGCCUACUUUAUCCAAGAAAAAGAAUACACAAAAAUUAUGAAA